ACGACAAUGAAAAAGAUUUCAGUUUUAAGCCUUUUAUUGUCUUUUCUUCUUCUGUGUCUGCAAACGAGAUCCGAAGAUGGCAAAUCAAUAAAUAAUUCCACAAGCUCUUGUGAAGGCGUCCAAGAAAACGCAAUAAGAACCGCUCCGACGUUCUUCAUUGACAACACCAUCAUCAGCGUCGUCUUAUCAGUGAUAGCUCUGGUUGCCUUCUUGUGCAAUGUACUCAUAAUUCACGUUGUCAGAGUCAACUCGCACAUGCAUACCACAACCAACUAUUUUAUCGUCAACAUGGCAGUUAGCGAUCUGGUUUCAWCGGCUGUAACCGCUAUCUGGACUGUGAAAUUUCUGCAAUCGGGAGUAAGAUGGAGCGGGAAUAGKUUCAUUGGAGAAUACUUGUAUUGUAAAUUGGGGUGGUCAUUGUAUUACAUCAGUAUGAUCUGUUCCAUAUAUAGCCUUGCUGUUAUCACMUUCGAUCGAUUCAUGGCUGUCAUACGUCCUCUUAAGCACAAGCACCAUUCUUCCUGGACAAAGUUUACCAUUCCCGCCAUUUGGUUGGCAUCCCUGGCAAUACCAGCCAACUAUACAGUGCGACAUACCAGAUUUUGUCCGAAAUCUGACAGUUUCUACUGCAUUCCUAAUAAAUCCCCAUUYGAUGCCUUUCUAAUSCUAUUUCUUGGAUUUGGCCUUCCUCACAUCRUGAUUUUCAUUCUCUAUGUGGCGAUUGCCCACAAGCUCUGCACACGAAAAAUUCCUGGUGAGAUCUCUGGUAACUUAAAUGCUCAAACCAAUGCACAGCAAGUUGCCAGGAAAGUCACUCGCAUGAUUAUCUGUAUUCUCGUGGCUUUUSAAGUAUCGUGGAGUCCAUUGUUCCUUGGUUAUAUUUUCCCAUAUCUGUAUUCCCAAGAAGAGGCUAAAUAUGACAAUCUGUUGAUUUCUAAGACUUUGAUGAUCUCCAAUGGAUUUUUCAAUGCUUUGAUCUAUGCUGUCUUCAAUGUAAACUUUCGGCAGGCUUUUAAGAAAGCUUGUUGGUUUUGCAAACUGUAAGCAUUGAUCUAGGUUUUCCUAAUACCAAAAGAGAAGAUUGGCAGAAGCAAAAUGAAAUAAAUAUAUACAAACGKCAUGCAGCAUUGAAAUGCUUAGUCUAUGAGCACAGUAUAGAUGUAUUAUAAAGCGAAUGCUUUAGACAGAGGAGUUCUGAUUGUAAAAUACAAUUGUUAUAGUAAUGUAAUGUAAUACCAAUAAGUCAGAAAAUAAAACUGUCAUC